UCAGUUUUGCAGAUUGACAUUGUGUUAGCCACAUCUCACCAGUCACUGCCCAGCACUUAACACCGUUCAUGAUUUAGAGAACCAGGGUCUGCCAUUUUAGAUAUCGUAACGUUACAGUAUAGACAGUGUCACUGGUGGUCGCCUGUGGUUCUUGGACGUUUUAAAGCUAGCUAACUGUAGUGUUAGCAAAGCAGCUACAGGGAUGGCGGAGGUUCCCGGGACAUCAAGUGAGACAAUAACGGAGACCGUUCAGACUAGCACGCCGCCGCCGCCCCAGCAGGAGGGACGAAGUCUGACAAUCAAGCUGAGGAAGAGGAAGACGGAGAAGAAGGUAGAGUGGUCCAGUGACACGGUUGACAACGAGCAUCUGGGAAGAAGGUCUUCAAAGUGCUGCUGUAUUUACGAGAAGCCCAGACAGUUUGGAGAGUCUUCGUCUGAAAGCGAGGGAGACGAUGAUGAAGAAGGAUGCGGCAGUGCUCACUGUAUCCUGGGCCAUGGCAGGAGAGGGGCUGGGGGGCCCACGGUGCCCCCAAACUCUGGAGAGUCACACACCCACUGAGCACCACAGCUGAUUGUGGGGUCUGAGGGGUUUCUCACAGUGACAAUGAUGCAUUACAAAACUGCAGACAUUUUUUUCCUUUUCCAUCACUGAAGCGUAGACACACCUGAUGCUGUGUUCUGGUCAUGAGUCAGAAACUACCAGCUGCUGGAGCAGCCUCUGUACUGCUGCUCUAAAAAAAUCUGGACUACUGAAAUUAUUGAACCACAAAAUCCUCUUCUUCAGAUAAAAGCACAUUCAGUAUUGUGCCAAUUAACAAAUGUAACACAAAAGUACAAGUUCACACUUUAAAAUCUCUAACUAUUACAAAGAGAGAUGCUGUUUGUAGUCAAAUUUAAAGGAGCAUUAUGAACGCUGCUUUUGUGUUUCAGCCAUUUUACUACAAGUCAAACAUUGAGCAUUUUCCAAAGUAUGCCACUGUAGGAUGGUAAAAUCUGAAAUCCUUUUGUAUUUUGCAGGCAGCCACUGAUUCCAUUUAUUUCAUUGUGCUAUAAAAAUACAUUUUGAGGUUUGUGACCUGUCACACUGAACAUCUUUUUAAUUUUUGUCAAACUACUGUCCAAUGAUUUCUGAAUUAAAGGUGUAGGCAUUUCACAGUGCAGAGGCUGUAACCUGUGGCAUUUUUCCUUAAAACCAAAAAUCAGUUAAAGUAGUAGCUGACUAUUUUCGGUUAGUCAACCAUUGUUCAGAUUUGAAAAAGUUCAGCUCUGCUGUCAAUUUUUCAGAUUUAUUUAUUGAUAAAUUGUUUGGUUUUUGGGAAAGAAACCGUAAAACAUAAGCCAUCACAAGUUUGACAGUGUGAAGGUGACACUGAUAAAAAGGCUUGUUUUGACCAAAAAUUCAAAACUUUAGAAAUCUAUGCUAAUGUCAGUAUUGGUGAUUAAAUGGCUCAAACAAUCAUCAGCCUGCACAUACAAUAUGCCUGAAUUGCCACAGUAAAAAACAAAACAAAACAUUGAUUACAUAAAGUUUAUAUAAGCCUGGUUUUUAUACUUCUUACAAGUUUGACCCCUUUGCAAAAUAGUUGGCAGUAACUAUGUGAUUUGUAAUAAAUGAGCUAAAGCAUAAAGCCACUAGUUACAUACUCCUGUGGUGCUGGGUAGUGAUGUUGCCACAUUGAGAAAAACAAAGCAACAUGCAUUAUCAUUUCUAAACUGAACUGAAAAUUCAGUUCACAUUACAGCUAAAACACAUGCUAUUGUGCCAACUAAUGAAUGUACGUGUUAAAUUUAAUUUACAGAUUUGACAACAUGCAGUGCUGAUAACAGAACGAACACAUCAGUGGCUUGGUACGUUCUAGCCAGUUUUCACCCUUCUAUGACAAAUCAUAUUCAUGGACACCAUAUUUAUGUGGACCACACAUGGUAGUGCUAAAGAGCUUUGGUUGUCCAGCAGUACAGUUUUCAACCUGCAGUGAAAUGAGUGGAAAGCAAUGGCUGCCUAUUACAAAGCCUUAAACAAUUGUGGUCAUUGAUAGUAAUUUAAUUAGUUAAAGCAUUAGCUGUAAUGUCACUAUAAUGUAUUUAUAACAGAAAAUGCGGUCAUGUUGCAUUCCACCAAGCAGCAUUUUGGGAUUUCUGACAGUGAGGUUUCUCUGGAACACAGCAGACAGUACAUUAGGGACUUUGAAGAAAUGGAGACAGGGUGGACAUUAAAUGCUGCCAGGCUGUACAUUUUGCUUUUGACUCAGUGGCAAUGUUAAUUUUAUAUUAAACGGCACUUUUUUUUAAUGUA